AUGAGCCGUCUCUCGAAGACAGACGUCGUCGCCCCUGUCACGCAAACCGUCAACGCCCUGCUCCUGCGCACCUUCGCCCUCCUCCAGACGACGCCGCUGACCAGCGCGACGCUCCGCCUGGCGCUGGGAGCGGCCGACGAGGCCCUCUCCAUCGCGACGCGCCUGUGCCGCUUCGACCUCGAGCCGCGCGCCCAGCUCUUCCGCGGCCAUGUGCUGCGCUGCUGGGGCCGCUGGCACGAGGCCUGGCGGGCCUACAUCCGCGCGGCUAGCGCGAGGGGGGCCGGGUACUCGGGGACGGAUAUCAAGGCUCUGACGGACGAGUGCCUGGAGAUGAUGAUGAUUCAGAGCGAGCGGGAUCCCGAGAGGCAGAGGAUGAUGAUGAGGAAGAAGGGAGCGAGGAUGGUGAGGUUUGAGGUCGAUGAAGAGGGUUCUGGGGACGAGACGGAUGGGGAUGCGUCUGACGAGAGUGCGGCGACUAAGAUGUAUCUUCUUCUGAAUGGGAGCGGAGAGGUGGUUGGGAGUCGGGAGAGUUUGCCGGACUUGAGAUCUGUCAGGGGCAGAGGGUCUGUCACGAGGUCACCGACACCUGAAUGA